AUGCAUAGAAUUAUUCCAACACACCAACUCGACCAGUAUAUUGAAGUCAUGUUGCAGACUCAGUUCCCAUUCGUCAAUUUGUACAGUUUGUAUAACACCGACCUGUUGAACGAUAACUCAAAUGACAGAAAUAAUGGAAAUAGUGACAAUAGUAGUGGUCAUAAUACUGAUAUGGUACAGUUAAUCGAAGGUGACCAUGACGUGAUCAGUCAGCCAACUGAAUCUGUUGAAAUUAUACCACUGAAACAGGAAACAACCAAUAGAAUAGUUCCUAAAUCGGCCAAUCAAAUGGAGCAAUCUGAUUUGGAUGAAAUUCGAGAAAGUGAGCCAUAUUCAACGCUUCAAGUUAUCCCUAAUUCACAAAAUUCAUCAGAAUCAGAUAUUGAACAAGUGAACAAUCAUUUGUUAAGUGAAAAGAUUGAAAGUGAUAACCUUGAUAAGAAUAUUGGACAACAAGGCCCACCUUUGCAUAGUAAUAAUAAUGAUGAUAAUACUUUGAAUGAACAAACGGAAAUCCACACUGUACAUUUAACAAAGUCAAAUGGACAAAGUUUGGGUUUAAGUGUUGUUGGAUAUAUUUAUAAAAAUCCAUAUGAUGAAAAUCAGUACAACAAAGGCCUUUUCGUGCAGAAUAUCAUUCCGAAUAGUAUAUCAGACCAAUGUAAAUCAAUUCAAGUGAAUGAUCAAAUAAUACAAGUCAAUGAAACGUCUUUAAUUGGUCUAGACAAUGUACAAGCUGUUUCAAUUUUGAAGAAAGCGAACCGAGACAUUACCCUGAAGUUGAGACGUUACCUUCAUGGUCUUCUGUGUGAAGAAUUAAAAAAAGCAGGUUCUUCUGCGGUGAAUAUUUGCUGUCAACAGAAUCUACAAUUGAAUACACAACAAAGUUAUGAAUCUGACACCAAUCCGGAUUAUCCACAAUCAGUAAAAGAAAAUCUAUGUAAGCAUUGUAUGCUAAACAUUGAAACAAGUGAUUCAUCAGAUCAAUCAACAUCAAGUAAGCGAUAUCGAGAACGACGUCCCAUCAGUAUUGUAACUAGCUUCAAUCAAUCAGAUACAUUAUACAUGGAACUAACUGACGAUUUAAUUGACUCUCCUUGUACAUGCUUAAAUGAUAAUGAAUGUAUACAGAAGUCAUCUCUGAUGAUCUUGUCAGAAGGAGAGGAAAAUAUGCAAGAUGUACAGUUACAUAAAUUACUAUCAACACCAACAUCGUCGUCAUUAUCAUCAUCUUCCAUUUGUACAUACAAUAACUCUACCUUCUUGGACUCAGCACAUUCUUCCGACAAAUCAAUCGCUGACAAAUUUUGCACAACAUACAUCCCUUAUGAGGUGAAAUCAAAUGUUAUCCUAGCGUCAUUUCAUCAUAAAAUACAAACGCUGGCAACAAAACCGGCUGUAAUGAUAAACGGGAUAACGAACAAAAGUGAUACUAAUCAGGAUAGAGUUCUGACUACAGAUCAAGAGGAUGAAACAUAUGACAGAAUUGUCUGCAGAAGUGAAAGUGAUAACAAUAAUGUCAUUACGUCCGAAAUUAAUAGCCUCUCACCAAUCGAUUUCAGUAAUGAAGUACAAGAACUAGAAACAAUGCCAAAACUGAUAUCUGAAAAUUCUGCUGGCACUACUGAUAUUGGUAAUGUCAAGCAAAAUGCUUAUCAAAAUGGUAUUAAAAACAUUGAAAACACCAGUGUGUCACUACAAGAAAAAGUCGAAAUAACCAGACACCUGGUUUCCGCUACUAAAGAAAGAAACCUAUGUGAUUAUUUGGUCAAUAAUAUUCAUACUUAUCCUCAUUUUCCUUAUUUGCUACACUUCGCAAUUAGUAGACAAAUAUUUUGA